AUGCGUCGGUCGAACCGUGAAGCGGCUCCCCCCACAUUGGCCCCCCUUCCUCCCCCCUUCUUCCCCAACCCCGCCCCACCCCAGCGGCCUUCCCACAUUGUCCCCCACCUUCGCUCCCCCCACCUUCGCUCCCCCAACCUCCGCUCCCCCAACCUCCGCUCCCUCACCCUCCGCUCCUCCACCCUCGGCUCCCCCACCCACGGCUCCCCCCACUUUGGCUCCCCUCGCGCCGCUCAGCGUCCCCCCUGCCCUCUCCCUCCCUACCGGGCAGAAUUUUUUUACAACAACUCGGGCAGCUGCGCGCAGCAGACGUCGUUCUUUGACGGGCAGCCCGUGCUGUCGGUGGGGGUGGGGUACGCCGUGGUGCUGGGCUUUGGUGCUUUCUUUGCCGUCUUCACCUCCUGGCUCGUGUGGCUGGAUAAACGAUACGUGGGCACGCGGCAGAGCAGUGAGUGGUUCAACACAGCUGGCAGGAACGUGAAGACGGGGCUUAUAGCGAGUGUGAUUGUAUCGCAGUGGACCUGGGCUGCCACUAUACUGCAAUCCUCCAACGUUGCCUUCCAGAACGGAGUGAGCGGGCCGUUCUGGUAUGCGAGUGGAGCAACGGUGCAGGUGUUGCUGUUUGGCAUCAUUGCAGUGGAGAUCAAACGCAAGGCCCCCAACGCCCACACCGUCUGCGAAAUCGUCCGCGCCAGGUGGGGCACAGCAGCGCACAUCUGCUUCCUCUUCUUCUGCUUCCUCACCAACACCAUCGUCACAGCCAUGCUCGUGCUGGGAGGCGCUGCAGUCGUCACUGCCCUCACAGGGCUCAACGUGUACCUCGCCUCGUUCCUCGCACCCAUUGGAGUCAUCUUCUACACUCUCGCAGGAGGCCUCAAGGCCACCUUCCUGGCGUCAUACAUACACAGUGCCAUCGUGCAUGGCAUACUCGUCACCUUCGUGCUGCUAGUCUACUGCUUCAGCGGCUACCUCGGCUCGCCUGCUGCUGUCUUCAACAACCUCGAGUUCGCAGCCAGCCCCACAAGGGACUGCCGCCUCACCAACCCGGGGCAGGUGUGCGGGCCGGUGGAUGGUAAUUAUGAAGGGUCAUACCUGACCAUGCUGUCGCCCGGGGGGUUCAUGUUUGGCAUUGUCAACAUUGUGGGCAACUUUGGAGCCGUCUUCCUCGAUAAUGGAUAUUGGAUGAGUGCCAUAGCAUCGCGCCCCUCCUCCACACACAGAGGCUACAUUCUUGGAGGCCUUGUCUGGUUUGCUGUCCCUUUCUCCCUCGGCACCUCCCUCGGCCUUUCCUGCCUCGCCUUGGGAUUACCGGUCACUCUAGAGGAAGCUUCCCGGGGACUAGUUCCCCCUGCAGCAGCCGUGGCUUUGAUGGGGGAUGCAGGGGCAGUGCUUAUCCUCGUUAUGGUGUUCAUGGCUGUCACUUCUGCUGGGUCUGCGGAGCUUUUAGCUGUUUCGUCGCUUAUGACUUACGAUAUUUAUCGGACGUAUAUCAACCCGAGGGCGACCGGGCGGCAGAUCUUGUUUUACUCUCGGGUUUUCGUGCUGACGUACGGGCUGUUUAUGGGUGUACUGGCAGUAGGGCUAAGCGAGCUGCGGGUUUCCCUAGGUUGGAUGUACCUUGUAAUGGGCGUGCUUAUAGGCAGUGCGGUUAUACCUGUAACGAACUUGCUUUUAUGGAAGAAGGCAAACGCAGUGGGGGCGAUAGCCGGGUGCAUUAUCGGGAUGAUCUCGGGUGUAGUUUCGUGGAUUACUGUAGCAGUGGUGAUGUACGGCACUGUAGAUCUCGUCAGUACGGGGGAAGAGGCACCCACGCUGACCGGCAACUUGGUGUCGCUCUUUGUGGGUGGCAUCGUGCACGUGGCUCUCAGCCUCAAGUACCCAGAUGACUAUGACUACGCCAGCACCAGAGCCAUAACGCUGGUGGAUAGGGACUGGCACUCCGACAUCCCCCACUGGGAGCACGACGAGACUCGCCUCAAGCAAGCCCGCCACCGGAUAUACCCAGAUGACUAUGACUACGCCAGCACCAGAGCCAUAACGCUGGUGGAUAGGGACUGGCACUCCGACAUUCCCCACUGGGAGCACGAUGAGACUCGCCUCAAGCAAGCCCGCCACUGGAUAAUCCUCUGGGGAGUCUGCCUCUCCGUGGUCCUCCUAGCCCUCUGGCCGCUCCUUGCCCUCCCCGCGGGGGUAUUUUCCCUGGGGUAUUUCACUUUCUGGGUCGUGAUUGCGAUCACGUGGGCCGUGGUUGCGUCUGUGCUUCACUUUCCCAAUCCUCCUUCCCAUCUCCCUCCUCACCAUCCUCCUCUCCUUCCCGUCCUCCACUUUCCUUCCUCUGACCUUCUCCCUGGCCUUCCCCCUGGCCUUCCCCCUGGCCUUCCACCUGGCUUCCCCACUCCCUUUUCCCCUUCCGCCUCCGCCUCAGCCUGA